CCCGCCGAGGCCGCCGCAGCAGGAGCAGCAGCCGCAGCCCCUCCGCCCUCCUCCCGCCGCCGCCAUCCCGCCCGCCCGUCCCGGCUCUCUCCCUUCCCCCGCCUCCUCCCACCCCCUCCGAGGGGGCCCCUCCUCCCUCCGCCCGCCCCGGAGACCCCGUCACCCGCCCUCCCUCCUCCCGCUCCCCCCUUCCCUGUCCCUGGGCCUACGGAGCGGCCGAUCGGCCGGGCGCUCGGCCACUCCGCCGCCAGUUUCUAUCCCCCAGCGACCAAAGAUUUGACCACUGACAAAGCCUGACUCGUCAGAACACAGCUCAAGAUGGACACCGGUGUUAUUGAAGGUGGUUUAAAUGUCACACUUACCAUUCGACUACUUAUGCAUGGAAAGGAGGUUGGGAGCAUCAUUGGGAAGAAAGGAGAAUCUGUAAAGAAGAUGCGUGAAGAGAGUGGUGCCCGCAUUAACAUCUCAGAAGGGAACUGCCCAGAACGGAUCAUCACUCUUGCUGGACCGACCAAUGCCAUCUUCAAAGCAUUUGCUAUGAUCAUUGACAAACUGGAAGAGGACAUCAGCAGCUCGAUGACCAACAGCACAGCUGCCAGCAGGCCUCCUGUCACCCUGAGGCUUGUGGUACCUGCCAGCCAGUGUGGCUCCCUCAUUGGAAAAGGAGGCUGCAAGAUCAAGGAGAUAAGAGAGAGCACAGGGGCGCAGGUCCAAGUGGCAGGAGACAUGCUGCCCAACUCAACUGAGAGAGCUAUCACCAUUGCUGGGAUACCACAGUCCAUCAUCGAGUGCGUCAAACAGAUCUGUGUGGUCAUGCUGGAGUCUCCCCCGAAGGGUGUUACCAUCCCAUACCGACCCAAGCCAUCCAGCUCUCCGGUCAUCUUUGCAGGCGGUCAGGACAGGUACAGCAGCGGCAGUGCAAGCUACCCCCACACCGCCCCAUCAAUGUGCCUCAACUCUGACCUGGAGGGACCACCUCAAGAGGCCUAUACCAUUCAAGGACAGUAUGCCAUUCCACAGCCAGAUCUGACCAAGCUGCACCAGUUGGCAAUGCAACAGUCUCACUUUCCAAUGUCUCAUGGCAACACUGGAUUCAGUGGCAUUGAAUCCAGCUCUCCAGAGGUGAAAGGCUAUUGGGCAGGUUUGGAUGCAUCUGCUCAAACUACUUCUCAUGAACUCACCAUUCCAAAUGAUUUGAUUGGCUGCAUCAUUGGGCGUCAAGGCGCCAAAAUCAAUGAGAUCCGCCAGAUGUCUGGGGCGCAGAUCAAGAUUGCCAAUCCAGUGGAAGGAUCUACUGACAGGCAGGUUACCAUAACUGGAUCUGCAGCCAGCAUUAGCCUGGCCCAGUAUCUAAUUAAUGUCAGUUUAGAAAGCGCUAAACCCUCCUCCCAGACAGCCUCCGUCACGAUCCCCGAUCACCUCAGCAUCAACCUCUCUCAACCCUCCACCCCUUCUUCUUCCUCCUCCACCACCACCCCCUCGCUUGCGACAGCAGGGGUCUCCGACGCACCCUCCAGCCUCCCCAACCCUCUUCCGACCGCCCCUUGUGUCUCCAGUCUGCUUGGCAUGAAACCCGUCCCUCUCCUGGCUCUAAAUGUUGUGUCUGCUGCUAAGGGUGCCUCCACCACCUCAGCUGUGCCAUGUGUUACUAACAAACUGAAAACGGAAAAACAGAGAUUCUCUCCUUAUUGAGUGUCUGCUUGUGGCCGUAAAGGAACAGCAGAUUGGUGUCAGCCUGGGGAUUCCGUAGAGGAGCCUUGGAAGAAUUUUUUUACUUCAAAAAAAGUGAGCUUGUGAUUUCUUAGAAUGGAGUUGUUUUUUUGCUGGUGACCUUCAGUAGGUUGAGACAAUUUAACAAGUAUCCUAACAAGUCCUGGAGUCUAGUGAUCUGUUUAAUUCCUUCAUUUUUAUGUAGUUGUAGCUGUUGCUUUUAGUAGCUUGUUUGCAUUGCUACAUGAAGAAAAUGUGAUAGGAGGGUCUGUUUAAUGAAUAAAAUUCUCAAUUAACUGCA